AUGCCUCUCACCAAGUCAUUCUCGGAGCAGAACAGAGGGGCAAAGCCGCAGCAGCGCUCACAAUGGCAGCGAUCCAAAAGUAACCCAGGGCCCCGUGCCGACCAUCCCCAGCCGCCUCCUUUACCCGUUUCGACGAAAACCAAGGCCAAACUACAAGCCUUCCAGUUCGCGGCCGCCCCGGACACAGACACCCACGACGCAACCAUCCCGAAGCAUGCACCACCACCGGCCCCGGCACCCGCACCCGCACCAGCUCCGGGACGUGCGAACCCCACAGUCCAAGUAACCCCCGCCGCAGACCGAACAGCCUGGCAAGACCUCCUCGCACCACGCCCCGAUGCGCCACAAGACGACGACAACUUCUCCCCCGGCGAGCGCGUGCUCUGGCGUAACGACCAAGAGCCCGGCCGCCCCGUGGCCCGGUCCCCGCUCCUACCCCGCAAAAACCGGAAACGCGCCCGAAGUUCCUCGCCCUGUUCGUCGUCCCCCGCCGUUGACGGGACUGGGGGGAAGAAUAAGAAAGGGCUGACCAGGGUGUUGAAGACCCCGCGUGCCGACCCGGCCCUGGACCUCUGGGAUCGUCUGUCCGUUCCUGGGAUGAAUGCGAGCCCUUCCGGCUUGACGAAUCCGCUGCUUGCGCAGCUCAUGGUGUCGUCGUCGCCUCAUCCCAGGGAUGGGACGAGGUUGCUGGGGAAUGCAAGGCCGUUGCGGAAGACGGUCAGUUGUGGUUCACACUGGCCGAAGCGUAGGAAGUUUGAGCGCAUCGAUUCGGAUUUGGCUGAGCCGGCAGGAGCAGCAGUAGCAACGGACUCGAAGUUGAGCAUGGUGUCAGCGUUGUUGGAGACAGUCAACGGCGAGAUUAGGAAGUCAGGCCGUGACGAGUCCAGCCCCGCUGGUGCCCCACAACAGACAUCAUCGUCCUUGACGUCGCCCAACUUGGGUCCGCAGUCACACUCGCGACAACAACACGGGAGCUCACCGUUGGCCAAGAAGUCUGCCGGGGCAAUGGGGAGAGAGCCCUUGAACAGCAACCCUGCGGGGCCCACCAAAUCCUCCUCUUCGGAUUAUGGGGAUGACGAUUUCGACGACGAAACGCUGAUGGAGCUGGACGCGAGCAUUCUGGUAUCGGGCGACGACUCUACUAUGGUCGCUUUUGUGCCGAAUGCACCGGUCCAGCAAGCCCCCGCCGUCUCGCAUAAGGACUCGGAUGGUGAAUUUGGCGAUUUCGACGACGACUUCUUGGACGGUGCUGAGGCCCUGGUGGCCGAGGUCGAGGCAAAGCACGCGACGCAGACGCAAGCACAAGCGCAAGCAGACCUUGAGAAGCAGAAGCAGCAGCAGGCCCAGAAACCCUGGGCAGCAGACAACAACACAUUCGACGAUGAGUUUGACGAUGAUUUUGGCGAUGAUUUCGACGGCGCGGAUUUCGAUGCCAUUGAGAAGUCGGCCACACAAGCCGCCGCGCAACCCUCCUUUCCCAUCAACCCUAGUCAGAAGCCCAAGGCAAUUCAACGGUACUUGAUUACCAGCGUCGUGGACACCGUGUAUGCCGAUGAGCGUGGACGCGAGUUCCCUGAGAAGAUCCUUUUUGUCCAAGCCGAGAGAACAAACGCCGUCAAAAGUGUGCAUCUACGAGGCGACUGGCUCGAAACGCAGGCGAGCCCAAAAGCCUACGUCCACAUCAUCGGCGCCUUUGAGCCCUCUGGUCGAUGCGUGGUAGACAACAACCACAACAUCCUGAUCUUGCAUCCCGACCAGCUGGUGUCCUCGACAGUCGUGGCCGACUCGUUUACUUGCAUGCGCCGCGCCGUGCUCCAGGACCGGGUCAAGGCCACCAGCGAGGCGACGCCCCCUCUGGUGUACGGCACGAUCCUCCACGAGGUGUUCCAGGAGGCCUUGAUGGCGAACAACUGGGAUCUGGGUUUCCUCGGGUCUGUCGUCGGCAAGAUCCUCCGCAGCCAUCUCGAGGAUCUUUACAUCAUCAAAGUCACGCUAGAAGAUGCCCACGCGCAUGUCAUGUCCAAGAUGCCGGAGCUCCGGAGCUGGGCGCAGGCGUUUGUGGCGGCGACACCGAAAGCGAACGCGGUGGUGCAAGGGAAGAACGGCGAGCGGGUCAACAUGUGCGUGAGCAAGCUGCUGGACGUCGAGGAGCACGUCUGGUCACCCAUGUACGGGCUCAAGGGCAACAUCGACGCCACGGUGCAGGUGACGAUGCGAGACCUGGCUAAAGGGUCGUCAUCGUCGACUCGCACGCUGACGGUGCCGUUCGAGGUCAAAACGGGCAAGAACGCGACGGCAAACCACCAAGCCCAGACGGUGCUCUACAACCUCCUACUCUCAGACCGAUACGACAUCGAAAUCGCCUACGGCGUGCUCUACUACAUGGAAACCUCACAAACCCUGCGGAUCCCAGCCAUCCGUCACGAACUGCGGCACAUGAUCAUGCAGCGCAACAUGCUAGCGUGCUACAUCCGCGAGCGCAGCGUGCAGCUGCCGCCGAUGAAGCGCAGCAAGAACGCCUGCGGGCGGUGCUACGCGCAGGCGUCGUGCUUUACGUACCACAAGCUCGCGGACGGGGGCGACGGCGAGACGAGCGGGCUGCACGAGACGUUUGAUGAGGCCGUCCGGCACCUGACGCCGACGCAUCGGGAGUUUUUUCUGAAAUGGGAGGAUUUGUUGACCAAGGAGGAGAAGGAGUCGCAGAAACUGCGGCGUGAGUUGUGGACUAUGGUUAGCACCGAGCGGGAGAAGCUGGGGAGGUGUUUCUCGAAUGUGGUUAUUGAGGAGGGGUCGGCGGUGGAGAAUAAGAAGACGGCCAAGAUCAACCAGUUUUCGUAUAACUUUAUCAAGGACACCACGGCGGCGGGGUCGUCGGCGUCGGCGUCUGGGUUCUCGUUCCUGGACUCGCAGUUGGCCGUGGGAGAACCGAUUGUCGUGUCGGACGAGCAAGGCCACUUUGCGCUUGCGCUGGGGUAUGUGACGGCCGUGAGGAAACAGCGCAUCAGCGUGGCGGUCGACCGGCGGCUGCAUAACGCGCGGAUCCGCCAGGCCGGGUUUGACGAGGUGGACAACCAGGUGUUUGCCAGCAUCAUGGAGGUUGCGCCUGAGGGGGCCAAAACUCAACCAAGCCAGACGGGCAAGAUUAAACCAGCACCAAUCCGGUACCGGCUGGACAAGGACGAGUUCAGCAACGGCAUGGCGACGGUGCGCAACAACCUGGUGCAGGCCAUGGCCGACGGGCCGUUUGGGUCGGCUGAGAUCCGUCGGUUGGUGGUCGACCUCGUGCCGCCGCGGUUCAAGGCCACGCCGACGCAGUACACUAUUCCGGAGAAAGACAGUCUGAAUGUGGACCAGAAGGCGGCGGUGGAAAAGGUCAUGAGCGCGCGUGACUAUGCCCUGGUGCUGGGCAUGCCGGGCACGGGCAAGACCACCACCAUCGCCCACAUCAUCCGCGCGCUGGUCGGCCAGGGCAAGACCCUGCUGCUAACUUCGUACACCCACACCGCUGUCGACAAUAUCCUGCUCAAACUCCAGCACGACAACAUCCCGAUCCUGCGACUGGGCGCGCCAGCCAAGGUACACCCGGCCGUGCAGGACUUUGCCACGCUCGCUGGACAGACCAAGAAGUCCUUCGAGGAGAUCCGGCGCGCAUGGCACGACACCCCCGUGGUGGCAACAACCUGUCUGGGGAUCAACCACCCUGUCUUCCACGAGCGCACCUUUGACUACUGCAUCGUCGACGAAGCCUCGCAGAUCACCCUGCCCAUCUGCAUGGGGCCCAUCCGCAUGGCCAAGACGUUUGUGCUAGUGGGUGACCACCACCAGUUACCGCCGCUGGUGCAGAACGAGGAGGCCCGCCUGGGGGGGUUGGAUGUGUCGUUGUUUAAACUGUUGUCGGAUACCCAUCCGCAGUCGGUCGUGCAUCUGGAGCAUCAGUACCGCAUGUCGGAGGAUAUCAUGGCGUUGUCGAAUACCCUGAUUUAUAACGGCCGGUUGAAGUGUGGGACGGAAGCGUUGCGGCACGCAGAGUUGUUUGUGCCCAACCUGGGGGGACUACGCACUCGGCAUUUUGACGACGCGGCUUCGUUUGCGGAGCACGCUCAUCUCGGCCUCAACACGCUAUCAUCGACAACAUCCCCCUCUGAACGUCCCCACACCCCACCCACCACCUUCUGCCUCGGCCCCAGCCCCAACUUCUACUCUCCCUCCACCACCGGUCCCGGUUCCGCCCCCAGCACAUGCUGGCUAGCCGACCUCAUCCACCCCUCCGCACACGUCCGCUUCGUCAACACCGACGCUUUGCUCCCCCACGCCCGCGAACAAGCCAAGGGUAACCGCAUCGUCAACCCCUGCGAGGCACGCAUCGUAGCCCAGCUGGUCGAUGCCCUGCUUGCUGUCGGCGUGCCGGCUGCGGAGAUUGGGGUGGUGACGCAUUAUCGGUCGCAGUUGGCUUUGCUUAGGCAUGUUAUGCGGGGGGUGGGUAGUGCCACUACUGCUGCGCACGAUAUAGAAAUGCACACCGCAGAUCGGUUUCAAGGACGGGAUAAAUCGGUCGUUAUCCUGUCCUUAGUCCGGAGCAACGAGGCGUGUGCCAUCGGGGAGUUGUUGAAAGACUGGAGGAGGAUUAAUGUGGCUUUUACUCGGGCCAAGACGAAGUUACUGGUGGUGGGCAGUCGGUCGACGCUGGGCGGGUGUGGAGAGGAGGAGAUGUUGGCAAGGUUUGUGGGGUUGAUGGAGGGGAGGAGGUGGGUUUAUGAGUUGCCGGAGGGGGCGUUGGAGGGGCAUGUGGAGAUGGAGGAGGCGAGGGUGAAGGAGGAAGAGGAGGAGGAGGAAGGGGUGAAUGCGGCGAUGGUGACGAUAAAAGGAGGCGAUGCCAUAUUAGGCGAGCAGGGCAUGGGCAUGCCCACGGUGAAGAACAACCCAAACAAGGGGUUCAAAUCUACCAAAAAGAAGGGGUUGCUAUCUCUUACCAGUGGCACUGGCAGUGGUAGUGGCAGCGGCGGUGGAGAAGUCAGGAACAGGGAGCACAACAAAGAAAACAGGCCACCGUUAAGCCAAGGAGGACGCACGGUGGAACCGAAAAAGACGGCGAGGAUUGGGGAACGGGCGAUGUUGAAGGGGAAACCGGUGCUAAGGGAUAUUUUGAAUGAUUUGAUGGAUGGGGGGUAUUAG